AUGGUGCAUGUAAAUGAAAACGAGGCAAUUGUACGUAACGAACGAAGUCAAUUGCCAACAACACCAAAAUCCAGCGGUGGUUACCUGCUGAUAUGCCAGCGUGGAGCAGCACGAGCCGCAGGGAACCAAGAACUCACGGGCGAGCUCGCAAGGAUUUGCAGAGAGGCGAUAAAGGAACACCUUAAAGAGAAAAGGGCAGAAGUGCUGGCUGAGGCUGCUGAGGCGGCAAUAAGAAUCCGCUAUGCCCGUCGAGACUUUGCCAGUCGCAAAACAAGGAUGCCUGCUUUCCGGAAUCCGAAGGGAACAACCAUUGCAUCGCGAAGGGGAAUAGAAUAA